AUGUUGCAUCCUAUCUUCGUUAUUAUCUUUGUUCUACUACCUCAAUAUGUUCAUAAUAGUUGUUGUCGUUUACCAUUUACUGAUGGUGAAUGUCAAAUUAAUCGAAAAGGUCCACAUCGAUAUCAAAUUAUGCCUGAUCGUCAUUCGGGUCUUGUCACGGAAAGUACCGAAUGUUAUAUAAAUGAUUUUGAUGCAAAUUAUCGAAAAUUAAUUAUAAAAAAAAAUUAUUGUAAUGAUUGUCCUGGUUUACUUAUUUUUCAUACAAAUUCAUCGGAAAUUUUCUUAUUUCCAGAAUAUCUCGAACGUAUUUUAGAAGGACGAACACAAAUACAACGAAAAAAUGUUGUGAUAUUAACAACUUCACUUAUUGGAGCAUAUGAUUUAGAUUUUACAUUUUUUUCACGUUAUUAUUCUUCUCGUCCAAUAAAUGAAGUUCCUUCACUUUAUGUUGAUCUACAAUUACCUGUAUACGAUCCGAAACAAGAAAUACAACCGAGUUUACGUCUUCGUUUACCCAAUUAUAAUAAUGAUAAAGAAGGAUUAUCAAAAAUCAGCCGACAAGAAUUAAUUUAUAAUGGACAGACUAUGUCUAAUGUUCAUCAAUUACCUUAUAUUUAUCAUUUCGAUAUAGAAAAACAUCGUCAUCCACCAAGUCAAUGUACUUUAUAUGAUGUUCAAGUUUCAUCAUCAUCUCUCAUUUGGAAAAUGUUAGCUUCUGAAGUAUCAGCAUGUCAUACAAAUAUGUCCUAUUUUGGACGAAAUCAAUGUUUUGCAACAGGUUUUACACGUUUAUUUUGUCCAAUUGAAGAAAGUAUAUCAUUAGAUGAUCGUCUACAAUUAUCAUCAUAUUUUAACACAACUAACAAGGUUGAACGUUUAACUAUAGCUGUGACUGGUGGUCGUCAUAUUGAUAUGUUCUUAAGUAAUGAUCAAAUGACACCUGCUGAACAAGUUAAAAUUCUUCUUCUUCAAGGUCACUUAAUAGUGGCUGAUAUUAAUACUAAUUUACCUAUUCGAGUUGAAUAUGGUUGGAAUUGUGAUGAUUUUAGUCUUGUUGUUCCAGCUGGUUUUAGUGCAACUCGAUAUCGUCGUUUUGAUGGUGAAAAUUUAGCUAUUUAUGAAGGAAAUAGUAUUGUUCCUUUACCACGUUGUUUUCGAGUAAUACCUAAUUUAGUACAAAUACCAUCAUCAAGUAUAACAAGUACUCUUAGUUCUUCUACUAUUGAUGUAAAAUCAGAUGAAAAACAAAUAAUAACAUCAAGUCUAUCAGAAAUAAAGAUUAUAAUUCAAUUAAAUUUAACAAAUAUAACAAAAGAUAAUCAACAAAACACUUCAUCAAACUAUUGGAAUAUUUUUCCUGAUUACGAUUAUUUGGCUUAUGGUACAAUUAUUUUAUUAGUUUUGGUUGCUCUUAUUCCUUUAUGUCUUCUUGUUUUCUAUAUUGUAUAUUGUAGUCAACAUGGUAAAUCAAAAUCGACAUUGAAACAUGGUUCUCAUACUAAUCCAGCUUAUAACAGUUCUAAAGAUGAUCCAAAUGAUAUUUCAGUUCUUUCCUAUGUUAAUAAAUCAACUCAAACAACAGACAAUCCUAUUCGAAUUUAA